AUGUCGUCUUCCACUGAAGCCACGCCCAAGACCAUUGUCAUCCUCAACGGGCCUGCCGAUUGGCCCUCCUGGGACCGGGAGUUUACGGCUACCAUGGCCAUCCACGGCCUACUCCCAUACUUCCAGGGCACCAAGGAGCUGUUGGCUGAGCCCGACGAAGAUUUCAACGCCUUUGACGAAUUCGAGGCCUACCGCAGUGCCGAACUGCUAAAGGUCGCCCAGCCACUUCAGCCUAUUACGCCUACCACUUCCAUCAACGAAGACGACGACGGCACCCAGUCAAACACCUUGCAAACCUCCACCCAAGGCAACGAAGGCCCAGAUUCCACCACGACCACCACUACGAACACGACUAAGGCAUCCGACCUGCAGGCGCGCAUCGAACAGAGGAAGCGGGAAAUCGAUGCACUGCAGGGCGCCUUUGUGGCCCAGGCGAAUGCCCGCUAUACUGCCGCUGUUCGAAGGCACGACAUCCAGACCCAGCGCCUAGCCAAAGCCAUCAAGCACUUCAACACGACCGUUUCCCAACAACUUCGCGAUGCCCACUGCCCGGGUCACCGAGACCUUCGCACCUGGUAUCGCAACCUCAAGGAAGCAUCCGACCUGCCGAGCGAUACCAACACUUCUAUCAGAACCAGGCUUGCCGACCACCUGAACUCCCUGCAAAAGAACAAGCAUCUGAAGAAGCCGGACCUGACGGCCUGGCUGACCACUUGGGAGAGCCUGCUUCAACUAAUGCACGCACACGGCAUGCCUGAACCUACAACAACCGACCUCUGGUUCAACCCAUUGAUGGCCGCACUACGCGCCCACUUUCCAGGCUUCGUUCAGACCUACCGCAUCCAAUGUAGGCCAUCCUACGAGAGCCUCAACUAUCGGACUGUUUCCCGGGACAUCAAGGCUUCCAUCGAUGACCUCAUCCAGCCUGUGCCCAACCGGGUAGGCAAGGGAGCAUUUGCCAGCUUUGGUGGCCAACAACAGCCUGAGCAACAGUCCAACUCGUCUACCACACCCAACAAGCGAAAGCGCCCGACCGAACAGUGCCGCGCUUGCGGCCACAUCCACCCGACAACGCAGUGCUACUACCUAUAUCCCGACAAGGCACCUCCUAACUGGGAAGCCCGGGAGCAUGUCAGGCAACGCGUUAGGGCCAAUGUGCAGGCCAAUCCGAGCCUGAAG